AUGUCUUGGCAAGUGUAUGUCGACCAGACCCUCAUCGGCUCUGGAAGCGUAACCAGCGCUGCUAUCUGCGGUUUGGAUGGCUCCGUUUGGGCCAAGACUGGCAUCGACAUCAGCGCCGCUGAGGCCAAGACCCUGAUCAGCUCCAUCUCUGGUGAUCCCUCCGGCCUCUACUCUACUGGUAUCAAGAUUGGCGGUGUCAAGUACACUUUCCUCCGCUGCGAAGCCGGUCGAUCAAUUUACGGAAAGAAGGGAUCCGACUCCGGCUGCACGGUCGUGAAGACUGGACAGUCCAUCAUCAUCGCCGUCUACUCUGGUGCUGGAAUCACCCCAGGUGCAUGCACAAAGGUCGUCGAACAGCUCGCCGACUACCUCAUCUCAAGCAACUACUAA